AAACAUUUUAACUGUGUCUUUUAGAUUGGGGAGCCUAAUUAAAGUAAAAAUUGAUUUUCUCUUUAAAAAAAACUUACUAAAAACAAGCCAAAUAUUGUGUUGGUCCCGUUCAAGGAUUAUUUUAAGGAGCAAUUAGUCGAGCGAGUUUCAGAAACCAAUUAACGUCGCGAUGGCCCAACAGACCCCUUUGGUUCUUCGCUUGCUCGCGUCUUCCACCACGCUCGCGGGGAAAGCUGGAAAAAUUAUCAAAGACGUCAUGAAAGGCGGCGAUUUAGGCAUUAUCGAAAAAGGCAGCGGCAAGAACGAUCUUCAGACAGAGGCGGACCGUUCCGCUCAAAGGUGCAUAGUGGCAUCUUUGGUGAAGUUGUUCCCCGAUGUUACCAUUAUCGGAGAGGAAGGACCAGUCCACGAAACCGACGAGGUGCCUAGUGACUGGAUUGUUACAGAUCUGGAUGCAGGAGUGCUGGCCAGUGAUUGUCCCGACGAAUAUGUAGAAACAGACCCGAAAGACAUCGUCGUGUGGGUUGAUCCAUUGGAUGGAACUUCAGAAUAUGCUCAAGGAUUGCUAGAUCACGUCACAGUUCUCAUAGGGUUGGCGAUAAAGGGCAAGCCUGUAGGUGGUGUUAUCCACCAGCCUUACCAUAACUACAAGGUCGAACCAGACAGCAAAGGCCGGACGCUGUGGGGGUUGGUCGGGUUGGGAGUGGGAGGUUUCAUACCAAAGACUCCACCCACCAACAAGUUCAUCAUAACCACCACCAGAAUGCAUGCUGACGAGCUCGUCGAUAGAGCGCUUGAGGCAUUGAAGCCUGACGAAAUUAUACGAGUCGGCGGAGCAGGCCACAAAGUUUUAACCUUGCUGGAGGGCAAAGCUCACGCAUACGUCUUCGCGAGCAAGGGUUGCAAAAAGUGGGACACGUGCGCCCCUGAAGGGCUGCUGCGAGCUUUGGGGGGUAAGCUCACCGAUAUCCACGGUCGGGAGUAUGAUUAUUCGGCGGACGUGGAGUACCCAAAUGCUCAAGGAGUGUUCGCGACUUCUAGGCACGUCGACCAUGACGCGUUGAUCAAUCGCAUCCCCAAGGAGCUGAAGGAUAAAUUUCCUCGUUGAUUUUUCGACGCUCAUAUUUUAUUUUAGGUCGUUACUAGCCAAUGGGCAUUUCUUGUAACUGAAAAUAUUUCCAUAAUAAAAAUGAUUUCAACUG